ACCGCCAGCGAAUGCAGGUUGAAAAGUGACAUCGCCACGAAUAGUCCUCACCGUCGUGGAGAUUUUUGUCGAUAAAUAAAUAAAUAAAAAUAAAAACAAAGAGGAAAAAAAAAAUUUUAAAAAUAUUUAGUAAAGUUUUUCAAACAUGGAAAGCAGCUAUGGAGGAGCACCGAUUAUCGGACCUCAUUUUUCCGCCCUUGCAAAUGGGUCGGUUACAGACAAGGUAACACCCGAUAUGGCACACCUAAUUCAUCCCUAUUGGAAUCAAUUCCCAGCUAUGGAUCCAAUGUGGAAUAAGAUACUGACAACGUACAUGAUUAUGAUUGGCUGUAUCUCGUGGUGUGGAAAUGGCGUGGUGAUCUACAUCUUUUCCACAACAAAAUCACUGCGUACACCUGCCAAUCUAUUGGUCAUUAACUUGGCGUUGUCAGAUUUCGGAAUGAUGGUGGUUAACACGCCGAUGAUGGGAAUAAAUUUAUAUUUUCAAACGUGGAUAUGGGGUCCGGGCGGUUGUGAUGCUUAUGCUGCCUUAGGUUCAGCAUUCGGUUGCAGUUCCAUUUGGUCCAUGUGCAUGAUCUCACUGGAUCGUUACAAUGUAAUCGUAUUGGGUAUGGCGGGUCGGCCGAUGACAAUUAAAUUGGCCUUAAUGAAAAUCGCAUUUAUUUGGGCUAUGGGCAGUGUCUGGACAUUAUCACCGAUCUUCGGUUGGAGCAGAUACGUACCCGAGGGCAAUUUAACAUCAUGCGGUAUCGAUUAUUUGGAACGCAACUGGAAUUAUCGCUCCUAUUUAAUUUUCUAUACCAUCUUUGUGUACUAUAUACCAUUAUUCUUAAUUUGCUACUCCUAUUGGUUCAUCAUUGCCGCAGUAUCAGCUCACGAGAAGGCCAUGCGCGAACAGGCCAAGAAAAUGAAUGUCAAAUCAUUGAGAUCGUCGGAGGAUGCCGACAAGAGCGCCGAGGGCAAAUUGGCUAAAGUCGCCUUGGUUACAAUUACCUUAUGGUUUGUGGCAUGGACCCCAUACACUAUCAUCAAUAUGGCCGGUCUAUUCAAAUUUGAAGGUCUCACGCCACUAAACACCAUCUGGGGUGCAUGCUUUGCCAAAUCCGCAGCCUGCUACAAUCCCAUUGUCUAUGGCAUCAGCCAUCCUAAAUAUCGCGUGGCUUUGAAAGAGAAAUGCCCCUGCUGUGUCUUUGGCAAAGUGGAUGACGGAAAAGGCGCGGCCAGUGAUUCGACCUCACAAGCCACCACAAAUGAAGCUGAAUCCAAGGCAUAAACAUCUCGUCGGCCUAAUUAAAAUAACAAUCUGAGACAAUUAACAAUAAUAACACAAUCUUAUCAUGAUGACUGCAGCACGGAAAGGAACUAAGCUUUCGUUUAGCAAAACAUUUCCUGAGAGUAGAGCAAAAA